AUUAAUAAAAAGUUCCUCACUUCAAACGGACGCAAUUUAGUUUAAAAAAAAACGAACACUCUUAAAAAUUUAUAAAAAAUUGUCUGAGAUUAAUUACAUAAAAAUUGUAUUAAAUAGAAGAAAAAAUUAUAGAAAAAAAAUCUUAUUUUCUUGUUUUUAUUUUUAUAUAAGAUCUCAUAAAGAAUUCAAAAGUGUCAUCGAAACUUCCGUGAGGAGGCUAUUCUAUGGCCGUUUUUAUUCCCAUCUUUCUCACCGCUUAUUCACAAUUCUACGUGUUUUUCUCAACAUCUUUCACGAUUUUUCUCAGUUUCUAUCUGAGCUCGUCGUCGGAAGCACAGGGUCAAGAGUUGCGCGCCAAUAUAAUGGCUAUUUUGCGAUUUAUUCUAUUGUGUUUCAUAAUUGUGAUAUCAAGAGCGGAAUACCUAAAAUGCCCCACACAUCAGCAGCACUUUGAGAAAAUUGUCGGAUACCGACCUUCGACGCAUUACGAUAUGAACAUGAAUUUUAAUUUAAUGAAAAACAGCGAUGUCAUCCCGGAAUUCAAGCAAUUGAACAUGGAUUGCUGGUCGCAAUGCUACAAGGAUGCAAAUUGCUUUGGGUACAUUUACUUCUUGGGCAAUAACACAUGCUACGGGUACAGCAUCGGGAGGACCUCUGAUGACCCCUACUACAUCAAGUACCACAAACUCUCACUCUCCCCCGACGCUAAUGCAGUGUUUUUCCAGAAAAUGUGCCUCAAAGUUCCAGAAGAUUGUCUACCGAAAAUGUGGCCAAUUACCAGGUAUCCACGAGCACUGGUUAUGCCGCAGGAAUAUGAGAGAUCACAGAAGUUGAUGAGUCGUCGUGAAUGUGUUGAAAGUUGUAUGCAUGAGAAGAAAUUCACCUGCCACUCGGUGAUCUUUAUCCCUUCGAUUAGGAAUAAUUUCAUACGCAGCAGAGAUCCAUCGUCCAGCUACACGAAUAGGGAUAUAGGGCAGUGUGUCCUUAAUACCAUGAGAAGUCCACUUCUCAAUGGAACUGUGGCGGGAAAUUAUUCAUCGACCUUCUUUCGUAUGGAGUACAUUGAAAAUCAAUGCGCUGAGGAACCUUCUGUGGAUGCCCAACCAUCUGAAUGUUCUUUCGAGAAAUACUACAACAGAUCAUUCAUAUACGCGGACAAUUCCUUCGAAGGAUUAUCCCUUGAAGAAUGCCAAAUGGUGUGCUUUGAAGAAGAUUCAUUUUUUUGCCGUGGAUUUUCCUAUUUUUCCAAGAAGAAGAUGUGUUUUCUGCACUCUGACGACAUCUCACUAUUUAGCAAUCUCACCCUGAUUCAUUCCUACGAAGGAAUCUACAUGCGACGAGUUGAGUGCCUUAAUGUGAAUGUUGCCUGCAUGGAUGAUGAAAUGGUGCUCAAGUAUCGUCCAAAGGGACUUUUCACAGGACAACUCUACUUGAAUUCACGCUACAGGAAUUGCUCAACACAGGAAAAUUCGAAUGCGACAGUUAAUCUCAAAAUUCCAAUUGGAGAGGAGAUUCAGGAGAAUUUGUGUGGAAUUGUUAGGGCAUACGAGAGGCGGGAUGAUGUGAAUAGGACCUUGAUAUCCACGUUGGUUGUUAUACAGAAAAAUCCUCUCAUACGAACUUACGAUGAUCGAAUUAUUAAGAUAGGUUGUGUUGUUAAUAAUAGUGAAGAAUUUGAGAGGGUGUCCAAGGAAAAAAUUCAAAAUCCUACCUCAGGCAGAAGCCUAGUUAAUGAGAUUCCUGCCCAGGAGAGAAUCUUCAAUAAUGAUAUGUUUAAGUUUGUGAAAAUUGAAUUGUUUGACGUUGAAAAGGGGAUUAAAGUGUCGGAAGUGAAUCUAGGUCAAAGGGUACGGAUUAAAAUUCAAAGUAAGAAGCUUAGUGAGAAGUUUAGCUUUAGAGUUAUCAAUUUAACUGCCAUAUCGGAAUCUGGGGAAGAGAUGCUUCUGCUUGAUGAAAGAGGUUGUCCAGAAGAUUCUCAAUUGAUAUCAAUUUUCAAUGCAGAAAGAAUUGGAAAGCAAUUAGUACUCUCAUCUCAAUUUAGAGCUUUUAAGUUCUUCGAUAGUCCGCGGGUAAUUUUUAGAUUUUUCCUUCAGUUCUGCACGAAAAAUUGCUUUCAGAUGAAAUGCAAUAAAAUGCAAGAGAAGGAAAUUGGCGGGAAAUACUCAAUGGGCAAUGAAACGGCUGAUGAGACGGAAGUUUUCAAGGAACUCCCACCUGGACCAACGCACAUAGAUAUGAUGUUUCCGGAAAUUUUCCACGGAUAUGGGAAUAAUUCGCUCAAUAUUGCCGCAUUAAAUGAUGAGAAUCUUGUGGAAUCGAGUGAAGUUCAGUACCAAAGGGUUCUCGCGUCUCUAGAUGAGGAGGAAGAAUCAGUGGUGAAUGCCACACAAGUCUUCCAAAGGUACGAUAGUUUUGUAUCAUUGGCAAUGUAUGAUUUCUUGGUUUACACACAAGAUGCGCGAUCUGAGAGCUUGGUUUAUGGGAGGGAUCCUCAGAAGAUCAAUGCAACUGACCCAGAGGUCAGUACGUUCAAGUUUGAUGACUUAAUGUGCGUCGAUACGACCCUGUUGAAGAUUCUCUUCUCACUAUUCAUCCUCCUGCUCUUCUUGAUCCUCUUUAUCAGCUACUGCUGCAUACGAAGGUAUAGAAAGUUAGCAGAGUACGAAAGCAAUAGCUAUGGGAGUAGUUCCUUAAAUGGAAGGAGGAACUAUUUACCUAAAUUUCUUCAGGGCCAUCGACAUGUAAAAUGGGCAGAUGAGAAUUUUGGUUUUGUGUAUUAGGGAGAAUAGAUUAAAAUUGUAAAAAAAAUAAAUUGUUUUGUUAGUUAUUUAUUAAGGAAAGAAAAACAUCCAAUAAAGCCAUGUUACUUUACUUG